AAUUAUAUUUCAUAUAAUCGUAAUCAAAUAAUUCUGAUAUCGUAUAUUGUUUAUUUUAAUUUAUAUUAGAAUUAUUUUAGUUUCAUUGUGUUAUUCAAGUAUUAUAUAAAAUAUGUCCAAUGAAAACAGCUUAGAUUUACAUUACGUACAUCAAAGUUUUCAACGGAGCCUCAAAGAAAAUGAUGAUGUAGUAAUAGAGGCUUAUAUUGACGGCUAUAAUGAAUUAGUGAAAUUUCUAAAUCUUAUUGGCACAGUGUUCUCAUUUGUCAGCAGUGAUGUUAAGAGUAAAAUUAAAGUUAUGGAAAAACAUAAGGAGGGUGAAAAUGCCAUACAGUAUGAAUCUUUUAAAAAGAUGAUGAAGUAUGAGAAAGAGACGGGUUUACACGAGAAGAGUGGCUUUGUUUCCGGCUCGAGGACUAUGCUACGUCUACAUAGAGGCUUGGAUUUCAUCAGAUUAUUCCUGAAAAGGUUGAGUGAAUCAAAUGAUACUGUAAGCACAUGUACCACAUGUCAAGGGUCAUACAAUGAAACCCUUGCGGAAUUCCACCCGUGGUACAUACGGCAAGCUGCUACGCUCGCUAUGCAUGCUCUGCCAACAAGACCUGACCUACUCAAAAAGAUUUUCGGCACAGAGGCAAGUCUAGCUGCAGCGUUGGCUGUACUACCGCAAACAUUAUCAUCAUGCGACGAGGUGUAUAAACGCGUACAACAACUGUAUACGGACUUCGAGUUUCACGAAUUACCAUAAACAACAGUGUUCGUACAAGAAGGGAGGUAACUUUUCAUUACAUCGGCUUUGGUAAACAGCGGAUCAGUAUGUUUAAAAGUUUUAUGUGAAUUUAUUUGUACAUAACUGUUAAUUUGUUUUUUUUUCUGCACACAAGAAAAUGUAUAUGUGACAAACUUAAUGCCAAGUCAACAGUUGUGAUCAACAGUAUGAGUAUAAGACAGUGCAUUAUCAGAAUAGAAUAGAAUUUUACAGACUCUUCUUGACACAAGAAUAAUGACAUGAAAAAACACAAACACUAAUUUACACACAUUACAAAACAGGAGUCAAUGUGGACCAAUACUCAGCAAAAUGCUGAAAAUGUUUUAUACGCUGAUUUUCGGUGUAUAAAUUAUAUAUGAUAAUACACUGAUUUAUAUUAUAUAUGGUACAAUAACAGUGUGCAAACAAUAUAUAUAUAUAUAUAUAUAUAUUCAGAUAGACAAUGUGUAAUAUAAACGCAAUUCCUUCUAUAGAAAUUAAGUAUAAGGCAUAAUAUUUUUUAUGUGAUAGUAAUAGCAAAUAAUCUAAUAAUACGAGAAAACGUGGCAACUAUCUCAUCGAUAUACAUGAACAGUCAUGGGCAUUGCAAAAUACAAAUCUAUGACACGCGCCCGGGCGCUGUACUCCGGUGCUCCAGUCGCCUCUCCGAUCGAUCCCCCGUCCUAUGCAAACUGGGAUCAAUAUUAUGACGGCCUGAGCCGUGAUUCGAACACCUAGCGGUGCCCUCAGGCUAAAGUCGUAUCCGUCAGACGGGAGUUGGCUUUCAGCCGCUCCAUAAGCCCUCCGAGUUUUGCAGUGCCAUCUGCACUCUCCCCAUAUCGUCCGGUGAAGCUGUGAAGGCCAGCGGCUAACAGUAUUAGAGUAGUCCGAAAAAAAUCUACUAAUUCCUUUGCCUCAAA